AUGCACCAGGGCGCCGUGUACAGCGAUGCCCAUUCCGAGAGCUUGGCGGACGCCAUGCGGAAGCGCAAAACCCCCGAGGACGCGGCCAACCACGGCAGUCUGAAGGGCGCGUUCCAGGUUGUGGACGACGCCGUGGAGGUAGAGAUCCAGAAGUUGAACGACGCGGAGAGGGAGGCGCAAACGACCAAGAUUGUUGACGCGGCGGCCAUCGAGAAGGCCAAGGCGGACGCGGCCGAGCCCGGGGAGGAGGACCCCAUCGACAAGGCGAUCGUCAUCUUGAGGUCGACGGGGCUCGACGCCGAGGCGCUGGGCCGGGUUAGGACGAGCCUCUCGUCCGACGACGUGGAUCGCGUCGCCAAGAAGCAAGACGAGGCGUGGCGGCUGACUCGGACCUUCGCCACGCUCAUCGUGGAGGCGAAGUCCGAGGAGGCGAUGCACCAGGCGUUGUCCGAGACCGCAGUGGCCAGACUGCGCGGAACUCGCGAGGCUGGCGAGUACAUCCUGGUGCUGGACGACGUCAAGCUCGCUGGCGAGGCGACGUCAAACCCCCACGUCAGGAUCGCGCCGUUCUCGGUGGCCCGCACCAAGAAGCUGUUCACGGCGAUCCUGCGGACGCGGGAGGCCGGGCCCACGGAGAUCCCGCAGGACAUGGCGUUCAUGUGGCACGAUGGCUUCAAGAGAGGCAACGAGGGCCACGCUGCGAACGUGUUCGUGGACGAGACGGGCGCGAAGCCCCGCCAGAUGCGCAAGGAGACGCGCCGCCUCAACAUCAUCUACUCGGAGGAGUGCUUCAGGGACCGGCUCAACUUAGUGCGCGGCAGCUUCUCGCAGUUGGAGACGGCGAGCAUUUGGACGCAGAGCCCGCUCGAGAUCCCCGAGCGCAGGAGGAACCACUUCAACGGGCUGAGCAGGACCAACCGAGGCGACAGCAUCGGCCCGAUGAUGUUCCAGACGUGGGCUUCCACGUGGCACGAGGAAGCUUCCGUGAAGCGCCAGAUGUUGAGUGGCCACCGCAUUGAAGUGGGCGGCCCCUGCGAGGGGGCGGGCCCUCUGCCGCGCGACGCCGCGGGCAAGGAGCCUGUGCUCUACCAUGUGAUGCCGGUGCAAUACUACGCGAUGCUGCUCGAGGAUCUCCCAGUGCGCGCCACCAUCGACUGCAACGCGGGCGUGGGGAACGCGGCCAAGGCGCACGUGUGGGCCCGCAAGCAGUACGUCGGGAUUUGCUUUACUGAGCUGCACGCCAACAAACUCUACGAUCAGAUAUCCUCGGAGAUCUUCAACGGCUUCAUCGACGAGAACAACCCCCUGUACGACCCGGCCUUGGCCAAGGUCGCAUCGACCGUUGCGAGGCCUACUGCUGCCCCGAAGCCCAAGCUCAAUAAGAACACUUCCGAGAACAAGAACACCGAGGGCGAGGGCCAGCCCAGGGAGGGCGAGCAGCCGGCGAAGAAACUGAAGGGGGGCAAGAAGAGGGCUGCCGACGGUGGCAAGACGGAUCCAGCAGCAGGCUCGCCCAAGAAGAAGGCCAAGAAGGGGGGGAAGGCCGCUGCUGCUGGGUCCAAGGCUGCCCUGAUGGACAUGCUCGACAACCUGAAGGGCGCCGAUGGCCAGGAGGACGAGGACCUCGAGGAGGAGGACUCCAUGAGCGACGGCGAGGAGGAGUGA